AUCGUCGAAUCGACGCUUACGCCUUUGCGUUCGUACUCAUCAUUGGUCUGUAUCAGUCUGCUUUUAUCCGUCACGGUGUACUAUCACAAUGACGCACGCUGGGGCAAGCGGUAUAAGUAUAAAGUGGCAGCCAUCAGUCAUCUCAUUAGUUAGUUACGUACGUUGCGUACGUUUCGGAGGAAGCAGCAGCCUUCAGCUAUGUUGUGGCACGAAUUUCUUGUACUUCUAUCGCUCUUGUUCGCGCAAUACUUCGUCGAUGCGGCGCGAAUACCAAGAGCCACUUUAGAACCGACGGUCACUGAGAACUGCGGUUACAAGGCAUGCCAUGCUGUAGAUCCGACUAAACUAAACAUUCAUAUAGUCUCACAUACUCACGAUGAUGUCGGUUGGCUGAAAACCGUGGAUCAAUAUUAUUUCGGAAGUCGCUCUACGAUUCAAAAGGCCGGCGUGCAGUAUAUUCUUGAUAGCGUUAUUAAGGCUUUGCUGGCUGAUCCUAACAGAAGAUUUAUUUACGUGGAGACCUCCUUCCUCUGGAAAUGGUGGUUACGACAAAACGAAAAAGUCCGGGCCGACGUCAAGAUGUUGAUCAACGAAGGACGAUUGGAAAUCAUCGGAGGAGCAUGGAGCAUGAACGACGAGGCUUGUACUCACUAUCAUUCGUUGGUCGAUCAAUUCACAUGGGGAUUUAGACGACUCAAUGACACGUUUGGAAGCUGUGCCAGGCCGCAUAUAGGAUGGCAGAUAGAUCCCUUCGGCCAUUCCAGAGAACAAGCCUCUCUCUUCGCGCAGAUGGGAUUUGACGGGAUGUUAUUCGGUCGCAUUGAUUAUCAGGAUAAGAGCAAAAGACUGAAUGAAAAAUCGAUGGAAUUUAUUUGGCAGAGCAGUCCGAGUUUAGGCAAGCGAGCGAAUUUAUUCACGGCCGCAAUGUACAACACUUACAGUCCACCACCAGGAUUUUGCUUCGAUGUUCUAUGCGCCGACGAGCCAAUGAUCGAUGACCCUGAUAGCCCGGACUACAACAUCGACAAAAAGAUCGAUGAUUUUCUGAGAUACGCGGUUGAGCAAGCUAAUUAUUACCGCACGAAUCAUAUCAUAUUGACGAUGGGAGGAGAUUUCACUUAUCAGCACGCGGAAAUGUACUUCACGAAUCUGGAUAAGCUGAUAAGAUACACAAACCAGCGCAAUGGUUCUAGAGUCAACGUGAUUUAUUCGACACCCUCGUGCUACUUAAAAGCUCUGAAUGACAAGAAACUUCAAUGGCCAACUAAGGACGAUGAUUUCUUCCCGUAUGCAAGUGAUCCUCACUCUUUUUGGACCGGCUACUUUUCAUCGAGACCAACCUCGAAGUAUUUUGAGCGUAUGGGAAAUAACUUAUUGCAGACAAGCAAACAUCUCGUCGCUUUGACAAACUUGAAGAAUCAUGAUGAGCACUUGGAACACUUCCGCGAAGCGAUGGGUGUGAUGCAGCAUCACGAUGCCGUUACCGGCACUGAGAAGCAAUUAGUCGCGGACGAUUAUGCGCGUUUAUUGUACAAGAGUAUGUCUGACGCCGGAGAAAUAAUCUCGGAGGCCAUAUGGAAAUGGGCAGAAAAGGCGAAUAAAUCGGAACCAUCUUACAAGAUUUUCACGUGUUUGGAGCUGAACAUUAGCUCGUGCGCAUUUUUUGAGGAAAAAGACAAGUUCGUGGUUAUAGUGUACAAUCCUAUGAGCAGAUCUGUCGAUACUUAUGUUCGUCUUCCCGUUACAGGAAAUUCUUAUGAAGUUGAAUCGUUGAGUGACAGUGUGGAUGCAGUACAGAUAGUUCCGAUUCCUGAAAGAGUACAGAAAAUCCCAGGAAGAUCGAGCGCUGCGAUAAAUGAAAUUGUUUUCCGUGCAGGCAUUCCUCCCUUCGGUACGAGAUCCUAUAUCGUUACCAAAAAACCGCAGGAGAAAAUAAUGGAACAACCCAAAGCGAAAUUUAUAAGCAGCGAGUUAUAUAAUAUAUCCAUCAACAAUGACGGUAACGUAAUGAUACGUUGGAACAAACAGAAAGACAUGAAUGUCGUGCAGUCUUUCCAUUUCUAUGAAGGAGUGGAAGGUAAUAACGAGAUCUCUGUAAAUAGAUCAUCCGGCGCGUAUAUCUUCAGACCUAAAGAAACAUCAGCCAGAAAUUUUGUAUACACCGGAUCGUACGAAAUUUACAAAGGUCCUGUCGUGGAAGAAAUUCAUCACACGAUAAACGAAUGGGUCAGCCAAGUAGUUCGGAUCUACCCAAAAGAAGAGCACAUUGAAUUCGAUUGGCUCGUUGGCCCGAUACCUGCCACGGAUAAGAUCGGCAAAGAAAUCAUUACGAGAUACUCAAGCAACUUGGAAACGGACAACGUAUUUUAUACAGAUAGUAAUGGAAGAGAGAUGUUGAAGCGUAUGAGAAAUUAUCGGCCAACAUGGAAUUUGGAUUUGAAGGAACCGAUAUCUGGAAAUUAUUAUCCGGUAACUAGUAAAAUCGCAAUCAAGGAUGAGAAGAAACAAUUAAAGUUAAGUGUCCUGAACGAUCGUGCUCAGGGCGGAAGUAGCUCGCAGGACGGCGCCGUUGAAUUAAUGCUUCAUCGAAGACUUCUCAAGGAUGAUGCGUUUGGCGUUAACGAAGCGUUGAACGAAACUGCGUUUGGCAAAGGUUUAAUAGCAAGAGGCACGCAUUAUCUCUUUGGAGGUAAAGUGAAAAAUGUGGAUGAAUUCGUAUUAAAAGAAAAGGACUUGGCCUUCAAAUUGGCUCUACAUCCCUGGAUCUUGGGUACCUCCUAUAAUUUGAGCAAUAUCAAAAAUUUUGCUAAUGACAAAUUCUGGCUCUCGGGUCUUAAUUAUGAAAUGGUGCCAAACGUGCGCAUUCUUACUUUAGAGCCGUGGAAAGAUGAUACAAUCCUGCUGAGAUUGGAGCAUAUCUUUGAAGUUGAUGAAGCGGAACAGUUCUCUCAACCGAUAGAAGUUGAUAUCCAGAAUCUAUUUGCAACAUUCUCGAUUCAAUCAAUCAAAGAAACUACGUUAGGCGCUAAUCAGCUACUGAGCGAAAAUAAUCGUAUGAAAUGGGAACUAGAGACAAAUGAUGUUAUUCUAGAUGAGGAAGAGAACGUACAACCUGUAGAGAUUCAUAACGAUGGAAUCAAAGUUCUCUUGAAACCGAUGGAAAUAAGAACGUUCAUUCUUAAAAUGGAAGAAGAAGAUAAAAAAGGAAAAGGUUUUCUUCCAACAUCAUGGGCUCAAACUUUAAUCGCGGUUACGCCAAGGGAAGAAGUCGAGAAUGUUAUACUUAAGCACAAAGAUGUCGAACUUCGAGAAAUUAAAAGCACAAGCAAGAUUUCAGCAAACGUCGAGGAUUUUUUCGAUAUAAGCGAGGAGGAUUUUAUUUCCCGUCAACCUCUUCUUAUUAAGCAUUUGAUCAAUUCCAGAGAAUUAGAAACAGAAUCCACCAGAGAUGCAGAAAAUCAAACGUUUCUGCAAGGUGUCCCCAUAGUGGGUAUACCGAUCGAAUAUAAGCAUGAAGCAUCACAAACGAUGUACAUGAGUAGCCCUUGUCCGCCUGCGAAAUAUUCUGAACAUAUCAUAACUUCCCUGAAUGUCGGUCCGAUGCCCGUAUUCAAGAUCAAUCACUCGAGUCAGACUAUGAUUACGAUUGAUCCUAGAACAUCGCAGGACGAAGCAGUAAAUGAUUUAUCACGCCGUACACACGAAAAAUAUCAAGAAAAUCUUGCGGAAAAUAUCGUAGAUGAAGAGGCAAUAAUCCUCGAAAUUCUAAAUUUCUUACUAUCACGCGCGUUUUGGAUAUCUGAUCCCGUCCAGGAUCGGACCUCCGUCCAAGUAAAGUGUCAAGAUACGCAAACCACAAUACGAUACAAUAGCAAUACCGAUAGUAUCGUAUUAGACAAUGAAACUCAAACUAAGCUGACUUGCAAGCCGAGACAUUCAAACAGCAAACUAUUGGCCGAGUAUGAAGAAACAAAGGGUUUCGUGCAAAGCUGUCUUGACGAAUGUCUUAGAGGAAUCGAACCUCGAAUUAUAAUCGACGAUUUGAUUGACGAAAUAAUCAUGAAAGGAGCGAAGAGACUCAAGUACCCAAUGAAAGAUCGAUUGAUCCAAACUGUGGCUAGUUAUAAGUCUCGUGAUAUCAAGGAAGAAGAUGUGCUACGAAAAUUAAAGAUACCCGUGAUAGUCGAUCCUUUCGAAGCGUCAAUCGUGGUCCUGCCACUGACAGAGGACCUAUUGCUUUCUACUUGCGACGAGAUAUCUCGUCGUGCACGAAGCGGUGUUAAGAAUAUCCUAAACUCAUUGAUACGACAGACGGUCUUGACUGGAUUCAAAUUCGCGGAAGUUCGAAAACAGUCGAAUCCCGAUUCCCUUCAGCAAAUACUCGACCGAAGAAGAAGGAAGAUCGUCGAGUCUAUGCUAAAGAAGGAAACGGAGACCGCUGCUACUCAGACGGGACUCACUGGAGUUCGCGAAGUUGCGAAAAUCAAGGAAUCUAAAGACAUCCUGUGUUCAGUUUGCGCCAGACAAUCGAUAUGCCAAUGGUGCGUAGCGGCUCAAGAGCAAGAAGAUUUGCCGCUCCAAAGUACGAAAUUACUGCGUACGCAGGAUAUACUGCUGGCAUAUAAUCCAUGCUACGUCGUCGCGACAGCUUCGGAAAAAGCGAGGAAUCCACAUCUGCAACCGACCGGCUUGAUGAAAAAGAAGGUUGAAAGUUUGACCACUGCUCUGUUAUCCACACCGUGUAAUGUAACACCUGAGGAAACAGGCGAUGUUGUUGAUAAGACUAUUAACAUUCUUAUGACUUCGAAGAAAGACAUCCAGACUCGAGGUACAUUAAUAUAUUAA